UAUGGAGUUAAAGAAGAUUUUUGCGCAUUAUAUAACAAAUAUCAUUUUAUUAAAGCAAAUAAUAAAGAAACAAUUAUGGAAGCAUACAAAAGAAUUAAUGAUGAGUCUGAAGCUAUUGCUAAAAAAACUAAUGGUAGAAUUGAUAUACAUAAAUCUAGAAAUUAUACAUUAACAACUAUAAAAUUUUUUAAAGAAACUACUUUAGCACCCCAAAAAAGUAAAAAAAUAAGUGAACAAGAAAGUGUAUGGAUAGAUUUAGCAACAACUGGUGCUCUAAUAUUUGCAGAAAGAUAUGAAGGAAAAGCUAAUCAAUACGAUCCAAUUGCACCAGCAACAAUAGAAGGAAAUCCUUCAAAGAAAAGUCUUCAAUGUAUGAGAUAUUUACGUUAUAAUCCACAUAGAAUUUAUACAUAUUAUGAUUUAGAAUUAUCAUUAAUAAAUAUAUUACCAAAUACGCUUAUUUAUGAAAGAAAUGUAUGUAUAACAGGAAAAAACAUGUUUGGUGAAUGGGGUAAUAUAUUAUACAAAAUUAAAAAAGAAGGUGGAAUAGAAGGAAAAGUUAGUAAAGCAUUAUUAGUUUCAUUAUGGAAUGCAUUAUCUGAAAAAGUAGAACUUAAAAUGGGAAUAGAAAUGGGUGAGCUGAAAUUUGAGAAAAAUAGAGUUUGUGUAGUAAAAAAUUGCAUAUCAAUUACAUGGAAACUAUCAUAUCCAGAAAUUCCAAAUUUGAUUAUUUUCAAAGAAAAUGAACUUCACUCUACAAAUAGUUUAUCAGAUUUUGAGAAAAUACAACAAGAUAAAAAGCAGAAUACAAUAUUAGAUAUAGAGUAUCCUGCUUCACAGACAGCAAAAAGGAAACUAUUAAAAAAGUCUGAUAUAAAUCUUCUGAAUGAAAUUAUAAUAGAAAUAUUUUAA